UCAAACUACAACUGCAAGCAGAGGAGAGAGGGGUCGUGUCCAUCAAGGGAGUGUGUGCGAACCGCUAUCUCGCCAUGAAGGAGGAUGGACGGCUGCUGGCUUCCGAAAACCUCUUCAAGCUCUUCAAAGACGGCGGAUCCCGAAGACGCUCGGUUCUUCUCCAGAUGCGCUCCGCUCGGAGGAUUACGGCACAGGGGGGGUGGAGCCUCGCUGACUUCUGCCCCGGAAGUUUUUCCCUCGGUGAAGCGCGCACGUUGAGCCGGCUUUACUGCUUCAACUCCCAGGCUGCGUUCUGAUCAUGUCCUCCAAGAAGAGCAGAAAACGGCUCAAUAGGAUCGCCGACAAUGGUUCACCCUCGCUCUGCGCGGCUCCCUCUCCUAAGGGGGCUUCGGCUCCUCCUGACGAGCCCGGCGUCGCGGAGGCGGCGAGGACUCUGGCGGUGAUCAACUUCUUAGAAAAAGAUGACAAAGUUCCUAAAAAAUUCCAGAAUUCCCUCGUUCAACUUGGACUCAGCACCAUGAAGUCUGCAAAUAUAUGUAUAGGUCGCCCAGUGUUGCUCACCAGUCUGCAUGGAAAGCAAGAGGUCUACACGGCCUGGCCUGUGUCGGGAUUUCCUGGAGGCAAGGUUGGCCUGAGUGAUAUAGCACAGAAGAACGUGGGUGUCCGGGUUGGUGACACCAUCCAGGUCCAGCCUCUGUUGGGUGCUGUUCUGCAGGCCGAGGAAAUGGACGUGGCACUCAGUGACAAAAAUGUGGAUAUUAAUGAAGAACAAUUGGCUGGGUGUCUUCUGAGGAAACUAGAUGGCAAGAUUGUUCUACCUGGCAAUUUUCUGUAUGUGACCUUCUAUGGACGACCGUGCAAGUUGCAAGUGCUAAGAGUGAAAGGGGCCGAUGGCACGAUACUGAGAAGGCGUCAGCAUGACCCUGAGGCCGGUGCCCAGGGAGUGGCCUCCGAACAGUCCAGCAUGGAAGCCAGUACCCUGGACAUGUCCUUACAGCUUAGCCAGCUGGGUCUGGAAGAGCCUUGGGACCCCACAUCGAGCAGUACUUCUUGCAAACCAGUAGAUGACAGAAUGACAAAUAGAGCUGGUGACAUUUCGUCAGAUGUCACACAGAGCCCUGGUGGCGGCAGUGGACUUGGGCUAGAGGAAACCACGAGUCUUAAAUGCAGUUUUGCUUCUGCGGGAGAAGGAAAUGAGCAGCUUACCAAUGAAGAGAGAUUGCUAAAGUCAGCCAGCUUGGGAGCAAAAUGCAACACUGAUACUUUUUAUUUUAUUUCCUCAACAACCAGAGUCAAUUUUACAAAGAUUCGUGCAAAUUCCAAAGAGCAAGACAACCAAUUCAGAGUGACUUAUGACAUGAUAGGAGGCUUAAAUAGUCAGCUGAAAGCCAUCAGGGAAAUAAUUGAAUUGCCUCUCAAACAGCCUGAACUUUUCCGGAGUUAUGGAAUUCCUGCCCCUAGGGGAGUGUUGCUCUAUGGCCCUCCGGGCACUGGAAAGACAAUGAUUGCCAGGGCGGUCGCUAAUGAAGUCGGAGCCUACUUUUCUGUGAUAAAUGGCCCUGAGAUUAUAAGCAAAUUCUAUGGAGAGACCGAAGCCAGGUUACGUCAGAUAUUUGCUGAAGCCACUCUGCGGCACCCAUCAAUUAUUUUUAUUGAUGAGCUGGAUGCACUUUGCCCUAAAAGAGAAGGGGCUCAGAACGAAGUGGAAAAAAGAGUUGUAGCUUCACUCUUAACCCUGAUGGAUGGUAUUGGUUCAGAAGGAAGUGAGGGACAGGUGUUGGUCCUCGGGGCCACAAAUCGCCCUCACGCUUUGGAUGCUGCACUCCGCAGACCCGGACGAUUUGACAGAGAGAUUGAGAUCGGAGUUCCCAGUGCUCAGGACCGGCUAGAUAUCCUCCAGAAGCUACUUCGAAGGGUCCCCCACUCGCUCACCAGGGCCGAGCUGCUGCAGCUGGCAAAUAGCGCUCAUGGCUACGUAGGGGCAGACUUGAAAGCAUUGUGUAAUGAAGCAGGUCUCUAUGCCUUGCGGAGAGUCCUGAAGAAACAGCCCAACCUCCCUGACAGCAAGGUGGCGGGCUUGGUGAAGAUCACCCUGAAUGAUUUCUUACAGGGGAUGAGUGACAUCAGGCCCAGUGCCAUGAGAGAGGUUGCAGUCGAUGUCCCAAAUGUAUCCUGGUCAGAUAUAGGAGGCCUGGAAAAUAUCAAACUGAAAUUGAAACAGGCUGUGGAAUGGCCCUUGAAACAUCCCGAAUCUUUCACUCGAAUGGGUGUUCAGCCACCCAAAGGAGUUCUUCUGUACGGGCCUCCUGGCUGCUCGAAAACCAUGAUCGCCAAGGCUCUCGCCACCGAGAGCGGGCUGAAUUUCCUAGCCAUAAAGGGACCUGAAUUAAUGAACAAAUACGUGGGCGAGUCCGAAAGAGCAGUGAGAGAGGUCUUCCGGAAAGCGAGAGCGGUCGCUCCUUCCAUCAUUUUCUUUGAUGAACUGGAUGCCUUAGCGGUUGAAAGGGGCAGUUCUUCAGGUGCCGGGAAUGUAGCCGACCGAGUUUUGGCUCAGCUCUUAACGGAAAUCGACGGCAUUGAACAGCUAAGGGAUGUGACCAUUUUGGCAGCUACCAACCGCCCAGAUAGAAUAGACAAGGCUCUGAUGCGGCCUGGAAGAAUCGACAGGAUCGUCUACGUGCCUUUACCAGAUGCAGCGACGAGAAGGGAAAUAUUUAACCUGCAGUUUCACUCUAUGCCGAUCAGUCAGGACGUUGAUCUGGACGAACUCAUCCUCCGCACGGACACGUAUUCAGGGGCAGAGAUCAUAGCUGUCUGCAGAGAGGCCGCUCUUCUGGCCCUGGAGGAAGACAUUCAAGCCAACUGCAUCAUGAGAAGACAUUUUACUCAGUCCUUGAGCACUGUGACACCCAGAAUUCCUGAGUCACUGAGACGCUUCUAUGAAGAUUAUCAAGAGAAGAGUGGGCUCCAUACGCUCUGAAAAUUCAAACGUGCACAUUCAUUGCACUAAAAAUGCUUUCUAGGGAAAACUUGUUUUGCAUUUAAAUUUUGUCUUGAGAGUGUCAAAAGAGAAAUCCUUAAGCAAAAUGUCUGAAAUAUGUUGACGGGAAUUAAGAGGCUUCAGUUCUCGUAGACAUUUAAAAUACACGGAUACAAUGAAAAUAUCCACGAAGACUUCUGGACGGGGCUUUUAGUCAGUUUUACCUGGAGAUGUGUGCUGAGGUCAAAUGCAAACUUCCAGCCUUUUCAUUUUUGACCCGGUUCAUUCAUCCCAGGAAAUGUUUUCCUUACGCCAGCACCCAUUUCGGUGCACUCGGAAAUGCCAAACCUCGGGCAUCCACCUUACACGAGGACACGUGGGUGUGGAUGACAGCACGGCGGGAAGUAGUUACUAACACUUUGUUUUGAAAGCUAAACCUUGAAAUGGCCAAGGGCGCCGGCCAGACUUAUGUGGCCUUGUUUCCAGACACGCAUUUGUUCUCAUUAUAAUUCAUACCCACAUUUUUGCUUUAGCCUUCUUAACCUUUACUUAUGGCAAUUCAAAAAAGAAGAGUUAUUUCAUACACUGGCAUGCCCUUUGAAAGUUUAAAAAAUUGGAAAUCUACACCCAGUCCAGGCCUAGAACAGUAAACUUGGGUUUGUUUGGUUUUUUUUUUUCAUAAAAUGCUGGAAGUAAAUCAUAUGGCGCAUUCGUGUUUUAACUUGUACACGUUUUCAGGUUACCAAUAAACAUUAUCAGUGAAAAGAUAAA